AUAUUAUACAUUUUUUUAAAUUGAAAAUCUUUAGACGUCCAAAAAUGGUUCUUCUCCUAUCUCUAAAACCACUAACACCGUCACCGGUACAGUCACAAUCGCCACCGCUUCUCCUCCUUUCUCCGCUCACCUCCUCUUCUCUAUUUCCGCUCACAAUCAAACCCUGCAAGUCUAAUCGCCUACGGCAAACCCGCUUCUCCUACAGCAGCCGAGAUCCGCCGCCGCCGGAAACAGGCUGCCCCGUCCCACCAGAGCAACAACCGAUCAACGAGUACCAAUCUCUGUGCACUUCCUCCCCUUUCUCCUGGGCCUCCGGCGACUUCGUGGAGUACUGCUCCCGGUUACUUGCCACAGGCGCUGGGUUUGCUAUGUUCGUCGGGCUUCCUGUUUCGUGGUACGGGUCGGUCGGUGUCGGGUGGGAACCUACUCAGCGGAUCCUGGGAGCCGUAUGCAGUGGAAUAUUGGUGGUUACUCUUGCUGUUGUGAGGAUGUAUUUGGGUUGGGCUUAUGUCGGCAAUCGAUUGCUCAGUGCCACUGUCGAAUAUGAAGAGACUGGAUGGUAUGAUGGACAGAUUUGGGUGAAGACUGCUGAAGUGUUGGCAAGGGAUCGGCUUUUAGGAUCAUUUACUGUGAAGCCAGUGCUGAACAGAUUAAAGAACACAUUAGUGGCUCUUGCAUUAUCUUUAUUCAUGUUCAUUGUUCUUCUUAUCAACACUGAAAGCAGCAGCCAGAGCCAGAAGCUGGCCUCCAUCACAGCAGGUGUUGAACCAGGUGGCAGAGCAGUUGCAGGUGUUUACAGUGAUGAGUCAGCAAGAUCUUUUGAACCAGAAGCAUUUUGUGGUUCACCUAUGGCUGAUUAGAUGAAGCAGCAUUUGUAAAUACAAGCAAGAACAUAUUUGAUGUAUAGUAGUACGUACCCUUUGUACAUAUGGGACACUUUAAUUUAAUCAAUUAAGUUACUAACUCCAA